ACGCGAUGACGCCCCGUUCGCCCUAAUCAUCUGUGAGUGUGAGGCAGGACAGUUCACUGUCGUUUCAGUGGAGGGUCGGAUUGACAGGACCGAAAAGGACGCAGAGGCGCCGUCACAACGCAAGCAUCAUGCCAACCCUCGGGCUCAAGGCGGUUGUCUGCGAAAAGAUUAUGAACGAUGUCAUCAAGAAAGUCAGAGUGAAAGGAGAAUGGAAGGCGUUGGUUGUGGACAGGCUCAGCAUGAAGAUGAUCUCUUCGUGCUGCAAGAUGACGGACAUUAUGUCUGAGGGCAUCACAAUCGUCGAGGACAUCACUAAAAAACGUGAGCCCCUGCCCAGCAUGGAAGCCAUCUAUCUCAUCUCACCCAAUGAUGAAUCUGUAGAAGGCCUCAUCAGUGACUUCCGGGAUCCCCGCAACACCAUGUACAGGGGGGCUCACGUCUUCUUCACAGAUACUAUCCCAGACUCCCUGUUCAACCUGCUGACCAAAUCCCGGGCCUCCAAAGUCAUGAAAACCUUGACUGAGAUUCACAUAGCCUUUCUACCCUACGAAUCACAGGUGUACUCCUUGGACAAACCAGAUUCCUUCCAAGACUUCUACAGCCCCUUCAAGGAGGACGUGAAGACCCCGAUGAUGGAGCGUCUGGCUGAGCAGCUGGCCACCCUGUGCUGUACGCUCAAAGAGUACCCUGCCGUGCGCUACAGAGUGGAACACAAAGACAACGCCAUUCUGGCUCAGUUUCUGCAGGACAAGCUGGACGGGUACAAGGCAGACGACCCCACCAUGGGAGAGGGUCCAGAUAAGGCUCGGUCUCAGCUGUUGAUCCUGGACAGAGGCUUUGACCCCGUGACCCCUGUGCUGCACGAGCUCACCCUCCAGGCCAUGAGCUAUGACCUGCUGCCCAUUGAAAAUGACGUUUACCAGUUUGAGACCAGUGGAAUGGGAGAGACUCGCAUGAAAGACGUUCUUCUGGAUGAGGAUGAUGACCUUUGGAUGACCUUGCGUCACAAGCACAUUGCAGAAGUAUCCACGGCAGUGACAAAAUCUCUGAAGGACUUCACGUCAAGCAAAAAGAUGAACACAGGAGAGAAGACCUCACUAAAGGAGCUAUCACAGAUGUUGAAGAAGAUGCCACAGUAUCAGAAGGAGCUGGGCAAGUACUCCACUCAUCUACACCUGGCUGAGGACUGCAUGAAUCAAUAUCAGGGCACCGUGGACAAGCUGUGUCGCGUGGAACAGGACCUGGCCAUGGGUGCGGACGCAGAGGGGGAGAAGAUCAAGGACCCCAUGAGGGCCAUCGUGCCCGUCCUGCUCGAUGCCAACAUCACCGUUCACGAUAAGCUCCGCAUCAUCCUGCUGUACAUCUUCAUGAAGAAUGGUGUCUCUGAAGAGAACCUUUGUAAACUCCUGCAGCAUGCCAACAUCCCCCCAGAGGACAGUGACAUCAUCUCCAACAUGGGAAACUUGGGAAUGCCCGUCAUCAUAGAGACAGCGCCAAAGAAAACAAAGAAGCCUGACCGCAAGGAGAGGGUCAGUGAGCAGACAUAUCAGCUCUCCCGAUGGACCCCACUGGUCAAAGACCUCAUGGAGGAUGCCAUUGAGGACAAACUGGAUCCCAAACUGUAUCCGUUCAUCUCCACUCGCACCGCUGCUUCUUCCAAAACCACCACGGCUUCAAGUGCUCGCUAUGGCAACUGGCACAAGAACAAGAGCCCGAGCGAGCAGCGCACUGGCCCUCGCGUCAUUGUCUUCAUCAUCGGCGGCGUGACUUACAGCGAGAUGCGCUGCGUCUACGAGGUCACACAAGCCAACGGGAAGUGGGAGGCUCUCGUUGGAUCGAACGACAUCAUCACCCCUACUAGCCUUCUCCAAGCCGUCAGAGACAUGAACAAACCUGAUUAUAGGCUGGACCUCUGAGACUCUGACUCUCUCCAGCCUGACCCCUCUCAAACACGCCCCAUACCUCCAACCUCGGGAUGAAAGCCAUGGAAGUACCCACUGUCUUCUAUAUGCUUGCGUUCAUAUAGAAGCAUUACACUCUAUCGUACCCUCUCAUUCUAUACCAUACGCAGUUACUCCAGAUUAUGCCAAAUGUGGUUAUUACAAUCACUCACCACGUAUAAGAUCAUAGUAUGGAAAAUCCACAUGUAGAGUUGCUGUUCUCCAUGGUUAUGUAAUAUUGUUGAUGUUGUUGACCAAACGGAAACAAGUUGACUGUGUGUUUAUGAUGGCUCUGUGUUAAAUAAAGGCUGAAAACAUGGAGUCAGUCACAGGAAAUGACUAACUUUGAAAUGUUUAAGGUUUAGGAAAGGGUCUGGAGUGGAGUGCGUCUCAGUUGUCAGAGUGAGGGGAAAAAAUACAGUAUUGCAGAAUGUCCAUCAUAUUUAUACUGUGUGACAGGAUGUCAUUUGCUCUAGUGAAUGUAAAUGGAAAAUCUACACAUAGACACGGACCAGAGAGGUUUCACAUGGGCAUUGUAGAGUGUACGUAACCUACAGGCCUGCUUCCAUUGCUUAGUCAUUUUCGGUGGCUAUUAGACCAUAAAGGACCACGUCCGUCACUUGGUUUAUUUUAAAAUGUUUUAUAAAAAAAGUAGUCAUGCUGUUCCUUCCACGUAGUGUGCAGCACAGUUUUUUUUUUUUGUUGGGGUGAAUGCCACAUAUGUUGCUGUUUUUACGUCCUUUUGAUUUGAACACUGGAAAAGCCAAUGUGAAGACACACUGUAUCGUAGCGCGUUAGCAUUAGAUGUUGUUGUCGGUAGAGAGGGAUUUUACUCUAUCUUUUAGGUCAUCACUUCGUGUCUCAUUCGUCUCACCUUCAUCUAUCAGGUCCCGUAGCCUUUGCAGUUUGGAAUGCUUCCCCAGUCCUGGAACGACUUGUGCCCUCUUAGUUGUGUGUGCAUUGCUGUGUGUCUGCUCUGUGUGUUUAUGUUGCCUAGUAGCCGCAGUUUGUGUGAUCAAAGUCUAUGCGUUAGUGGAAAACCAACCAUACCAAUUCAUUUGACUUGUGUGUCGACCUUAUUGGAUUUCUUAACAUUAUGGACAUUACGAAGCACAACCAUCAAUCCUUUUGGUGUACUGAAGCUGUGAAAUAAAAUGGUACCCACAUACAAAAA